CGAAUUAACCGCAUUGUAGUCCCCUGAAUGGUUUACGCAGCCUCUGCCUCUCCGACACGGCCCCGGGCGACUCAGUAACUGUUGCUUUCGCCCAAGUUCUGCUCGCUAGCGUGUCAUCGCGAUGGUCGAUACACAUGACUAUACAUUCAAAGUUUUGCUGGUAGGCGAUAGUGGCGUAGGUAAAAGCUGCAUCUUGACGCGCUUCACGUCUGGCUCGUUUGAGGAAAACACCACGUCGACCAUCGGCGUGGACUUCAAAGUAAAAUACCUGGAGGCGGAGGGCAAGCGCUGCAAGUUGACAGUGUGGGACACCGCGGGGCAAGAGCGCUUUCGCACCCUGACCAGCAGCUACUACCGGGGGGCACAGGGCAUCAUCUUUGUGUACGACGUGACGCGGCGCGAGACGUUCGAGGCUCUGGAGGGCGCCUGGAUGCGGGAGUGGGACAUGUACAGCACGGUGGAGGGCGCCAUCCAGAUGGUGGUGGCCAACAAGACAGACCUGGACUCGGCGCGGCAGGUGGCGACGCAGGAGGGACACGACUUCGCGCGGCGGCACGGCUGCCUGUUUGUGGAGACGUCGGCCAAGGGCAAUGUGGCGGUGGGGCAGGCCUUUGAGGAGCUGCUGGCCAAGAUCCUUGACACGCCGGCGCUGCUCGAGACCACGGCCGUGGGCGGCAUCAAGCUAGGCGCAGCGCCCGCGGCGGCGCCCGGCGGCGCCUGCUCCUGCUGAGGCGAAUGAGGCAUGAAGCAGCGGCAUGAGAGGCCCGAGUGUGUCUUGUGGGAGCGUGUGUGGUCUUGUGGGAGCCUGUGUGGUCUUGUGAGGGCGUAGGAGGGAGGAAAAAGGCAAGAGUGCGGUAGAAAAGGGGUGCCAGCGCAUUCGUAGGUUGCCGCUGCCGGAGCAAUGCACCGCGUUAAGGUAGUGCCGUGCUGUGUACGGUGGGUUCGCACGGUGUCCCGUGCCCGGCCGGGCACAGUGCGCUUGAGAGGUUGGUUCACAGGCCACAGUUGUUUUUUGCGGAAGGCCUGGGUUGCGAUAACGCCAAGCCAUCAAGUAGGGGCGCAAGGGAAGGCGGGUUGCUUGCCCGCUCCGCUGUUCGGUUGGACAACCUGGCAUGGAGGAGUGGUGUUCAGGUUAGAAACUUCAGGUACCACCCCCAACUGCGUACGGCCUGCUUGAAGGCUUCCAGGCGACGGCAUGAGCACGGGCUUGUCAAGGAGCGGAGAGGAGGGCUAGGAAGGGCCCUCCCGCCUCCGUCACACCUUUCCGCAGGCGCGGCGACGAGGCCCGGUGCCUUUCAUACCAUCCACCCGCGCGAUGUCAAGUUUAAAGUCUCACUGCCAAAUACCGAGCUAACUCACCUUGAAUGUUUUCUGGACACGAUGACAGGGUUACAACCAUCCUAACCCAGAAGUCUGACCCUUAUUACACCGCGCAAAUUAUUGAGGCAAAUGUACAUUGCCAAUUCAAGGCGUAUCACAGACAAGCCGGAGCAUGGAGAACGCAGGCGUCGGACUGCUUUGCAGGUUGGCGUGGCGUUUGAUGGGCAGUGAUUGCGAGUAAAAUUGGGCUUGCAACACAUGGAAGUGGACUACAGCAUACUUCGCACAGAGACAG